AUGACGUCACCCAACCAGGACUGGAUACCCGCGCAUCCAGUCGAACGACCCGUUGUGCGGACGUAUACCGACGGGCUGUGGGGUGAACACGAGUACUCGCGUGGCCUCAGCCCUUGCCGUCAUUCUGCACCCCACGUCCCUGCCGUUCUGUGGUCGAUCUUGGAGGAAAGCAGCGUUGGGGUGCCUGGCCUCGGUUACCUCAAACACGAUCUCCGUAGUCAUCUCGAGAACGCCGGGCGCCACGCCAUUGGGGCUUUCAGCUCGCUGCAGAACAUCCCUCCACAACGCCUCUGCAUGGACCGCAUGAACCGUCUCCCGUCUCACGACGUGCGUGUGGCGCUCGAACUCCUCGGUCUUCACCAAUAUCUGACGGUCGUCCUCCCCCGAUUGGAAUCAACCGGCGAUUUCAGCGCGCAGAUCCUUCCUGAUGCGACCACUGCGCAGUUAGCCGCACGCAUAGGACUUCCUACGUGGUUCUUACAGCCUCUCACGAAGCAGGUCAAGAUCUGGAAGGUCGUUAAGUCCACCACCCCCUUCUUCCUAUCCGGGACAGAAACAUCCCCGCCCAUGCGACACCAUCCUGACGAGCUUGGUGCCAUCGCUAACUUGACAAGCAGCUGGUCAUCUAACCUUGUGUUUGCGGUGACCGGCGAUCUCUGCGCCGGCAGGCUUCCUGCUCUCGAAAGGGCGCUGGAAAGUCACGUGAACGACAGCGGGCCGUCCACCCAGGACGGCGGGCCGAUGAAAACUCGGCGCGUGGAACUCAAACCGAUCCCCACGCAGGGGACCAUCGGGGGCGCUCUCGGGGGCAAGUCCAGGAAGAACAAGCGCGGAGGUCGACGAGCCAAGGCGCCGCCCGCAACGGGGCAACCAGGAACUCAGCCUGGAUCAGCCACGCCAACGGCGAUCGCGGUCGACGCGCGCCCGCUUUCGGCCGAAGUCCGGCAUCCCUCGCGUCACUUCACCGACCCCAUGUUCGUCUCCGCCCCAGAAUGUUGGAGGAUCGCGCAAAGGGCGAUCAGCCCUCUUCCUCAGCCGCGUCAAUCGGUCCAUUACUUCUAUCCGCCACCGUUUCUCCUCGACACUGUCGCCCGGGAUGAUGCAGAAGGCGUUCGGCGCGACGACAAGGUCAAUCGCUACCUACACAACGCCGUGCGUAUCCGAGAGUUUUGUCGAUUGCGUCUCCUGGACAUCGCCUUGGCCGGAGAACCUCUUACCAUCGCCGAGUGGCGCGCAGCGCUCUGGGGUGACUACUGCGAGGUCGACACUGGCCUGGCUCCGGACCUCGCUGCCCGCGUCAAGCGAAAGCUGUCGGACAAGAACGGUGUCGCGCGUUUGUUUGGUACCAAAGCCGCUCUGCCGUCGUACUCUGAGGAUCAAACCAUAUCAUUCGCCGGCAUGACCGUAUCGCAAGAGACCGCGGUCACCGAUCCAAGGGUACGCCUCAGCCUGCUCUGGGAGUGCCAUGAGGUCAACUUCAGAUGCGAGCUGAUGGCGCUGGAUUCUGCCUUGGUUCCACGUGCGGGGUGGCCGGUCGUCCACCGAUGGGCCCGCGAGGCGUUCGUCGCCGGUAUUUGGGGCGAGGGAGGCUCCCUGGCUAGCGUGAUCCCUCUGGAGACCGACACCGGGUUUUGUUGGCCGUCGGGUCGAGAAGACGGGUGGCAGGGGAGCACGAGAAACCUUCGUCGUUUCCUAGCGGUGCUUUCCUCGUGGCCGGGAUGCCCAGAAAACAUAAAGUCUGCGCGGACGGCUGUGGACUGGAGUUCGGACGAUUACGAUGUCUUCCAACUCGCUGCAGCGAGGUUCUAUACUUUACAAUUCGCUACGAUGUUUGGACGCAUGCCGAUAUACCCCGUGCCCAGACCUACGGAUGGAUAG